AUAUGCUUGAAUGAUGUACUCUACCGCAUAUCACAAAUCUAAACCAAAGCCUGUACCUACACUUUAACGACUUUUUAUGGCUCUUAAAAGGAACUUUAAACCAUUUGUUUUUGGUAGCGCACAAGUGACCUUGGCAAACCCAGGACCAUUUGGAAGUUUCAGAUAAUCAACACUAGUAAGCACUUGAAACAAACUCGAAAUGAAUGUCUCACACGGAUUACUGAAUCAGACUAUCUUUACGGCCAAGCAUCCAUUGGAAAGCGUGCGAAGAUGCUGCAACUUCUCGGUGAUCACGAGCGACGGCUUCGGUGCGCCGCUGCAGGAGGAACGCGACCAGUUCAUCAUGCGUUUGGUACAAAUAGCGGUUCUCUGUGUGCUCUCACUGACUGUCAUUUUCGGAAUCUUUUUCCUCGGCUGCAAUCUGCUCAUAAAGUCCGAGAGCAUGAUAAACCUGCUGGUGGAGGACCGCAGACCUUCAAAAGAUGCGGAAAUUAUCAUGAUUGCUGCGUGAGUGGAACAGACACUGAGUGUUCCAUAAUUCUCACUAAAUUGACUUGAAAGGCAGAAGUUGACGGAGCUUGUUGGUUUGAUUUCCUUGCUAACUGGAUGGAAUUUUUAUACUUUUGAUCUUGGACCUAUACUGUUGUCCUGUUGCAGACAUUGGGUGUUCUCCAGACCGCUUCAAGUCUGUUAAAUGUCUUGUGUCUUCACAUUCCUCAGUUUUCAGAAUUGUGAGAAAAACAUUCUUCAUAAAGGCAACUGAAAUCAUGAGCAGAGAAAGAUAAGACAUACAUGUACUUAUCCAUCUUGAAACAGCAGAUGGACAUGAAAAAUGUGAAAUUGUGAAGAAUGUCAAUUAUUUAAUUUAUUAUUAUUUUAUUGACAUUUUUUUGUCAAAUUUGUAUCUGAAGUGGCUGAAUUGAAAGGGGUUCCUUUGUUGUAUAACUUGCAUCUGGUGAUUCCAUUUGAUUAUUUCAUGGGUUUUAGAAAGAUCAU